AAAUUUUAUUUGAUGCUAGGACAGGACCUACCACAUUACUAUGGUUAACUAGCCAUCUAUUCUUUUCUACAUAAAUCAUGAUAACUAGUGGCUGUAACUUAAAGCUGAUAAAACUUUUGAACCCGUAAAAUAAGAGUCUCUCAGUAACAUACCUGCAGACCAAGCUUGUCAGAUAUAUUUUUGAAUAGCUCUCCAGCUAAGUAUGCCUUUUACAUUCUUAAAGGCUGGGAAGACAGGAGUGUAUAUCGGGCAGUAAACAUAGGUUGCCCUUUGCAGGAAAAGUUUGCUGACUACUGCAGUAAAAGUAAAGUAGUACUUACACACUGUUAAAAAAAAGAAGGAGGAAGGGACAAAAAGACUUUAUAUUGUUUUAUUUUUAACUACUAACUUAAUUUCAUACUCUCACAGAUGCUAAGCAAGAACUCUACCACUGAACUACGUAGUCAAAUCCGCAUAUAUUCUUGCCCAAAAUAUUCUAAAUGCUUACAGAUUCAGUGAAAAUGUUUUCACUGUCUGGCUAUGUAAAAAUUGGAUAUUUUAAUGAAUUAAAAUGUUCCACUGGUGGGUGACAUUGUCCAAAAAAAAAGAAAUGCACUCUUUACCUGACUUAUGUAACUGUAAUCCCUCUGCACAUUACCUUUAUAAUAAUAAAAUUUUUAAUGUUUGCUAACGUUAAGCAAUUCCUAUCUAAAUAUCCCAUUCUACAUAGAUAUAUUUACUACAGCAAUGUGGAAGACCAACAUCUUUUAGUACUAAACAAGAUGUAGACAAUGACAUGCAUCAUCUCACUGGAAAUUUGUGGGCAGGGCAAUUUGCAAGAAUGCUUUAGGCAAAUGUUAGGAUGUGCCAUUUUUAUCAGCAAGGGUUAGCAUUUUUACUAGUUCCGCCUUUGUGUAGCCAGUAAUUAUAAAAUAUGUUUCCAUACUGCCGUUAGAAAUUCAUUUUAGCACAGCUCCAUGAAAGCAGAGGCCGAAUGACGACGGUCUCUAUUUGACAAGUUAGGGCAGUGACUUGUCCAAAGUCACAGUGCCGGAGCGGGUUACCAAAGCUGAACUCUUCUAAGGAGAGGUCUGUCUCCUUCCCUCCGCUUCCCCCACUUCUCCGCUGGGAAGGAAGCGGAGGACGCGGGGGAGCAGGGGGCACGGACAGGGCCGGGCCGAGGGCAGGGGUAUUUCAUUAGGCAGUGAGUGCGCCCGCUCCCGAUCGCGGCAGCCUGCCCGGGGUCGGUGGCCUCUAUCACGGACCCUCGUGUCGGAGAAACACGAGCGCGAGGCCUUUUCCCGAGGAGGCUCGGACAGCUGCCGCGGGCCCUCGCCGAGGCCGCGCGGCUGCAGGACCCAGCGGUCCGCGAGCGAAGGGCGGGGGUUCGCGGGGUGGAGACGGGGCGGCGGCGGAGCCGUGGUCGGGCGGUCGGUGUUGCGGCUGAGCCCCGUGGUGGGCUAGGAAACGGGGCCGGAGCUGGGAGUCGAGUUGGAGUUCCUACGCCCCGGAGGACUCGGACACGCGGAGGGGACCGAGGACGCCCGAGGAAGCCGAGGAGAGUGCGAGGCCCGGCGGUCUCGGGGGCGCGAGGAUGCCGGCGAGGACCCUCAGGGACGUCCGUGAUUGGAUAACCCCUCAGGCCCCGCCCCCCAGGCCCCUCUCCUCAGCCCCGCCCGCCGCGCCAGGCGCGCGCCUGGGGAGCGGGGAAGGGGACCGGGGCCGGGGGAGGAAGGGGGGAGUGGAAGAGGUGAGGCCCGUGCACGCGCCCCACUCACCGCGGGUGCGCGAGCCGCGCGCUCUCGCGGCCGCGUCGCCAUCUUUAUCCCCCUCCGUCCGUCUGUCUGCGGUUGGCUUUGUCUGUCUGCAGCGCCGCCCGCCGGCUCCCCUUCAGGCACUCGGCCCUGAGCGGCCCUCAGCCCGCUGGGUCUGGUACGGGAGAGCCCCCGCCCAGCCGGCCCGAAGCUGCAGCUGGGGGCCCAUUGUCCGGCGGUCCGUCUGUCCGGAGGCGGGGCCCGGAGACCGGAGCGCGGCGGGGCGCCGUGGCGCGGGGUCGCGAUCGCUCGCUCGGGUUCGGACGAGAUUACUGCGCUCCGUGGGAACCGCACCAGAGUUGGAGGUCUGAAAAAGAACUGUGUUUGAUAUGCAGAUAUGAUAGAAGACUGCCUGAAAGCUGCUUCCUUUGCCACUUCCUGUGGAGGCCUGUCUUUGCCAUUUGCGGUUUCUUUCUUCUUUUGGUUAGCAUCUUGCAAGGAGGUAGCAUUAUAUCCAGCCGUGAAACUGGGAAAAGCCAGAGCUCUCAGAUCAGGGAAACAUGUCCCGUCGGAAACAGACAAAUCCAAAUAAAGUUCACUGGUCUCGCUUUAUGCCCUAUCCAGCUUGGACCACGAUCUUGAAAUUGAUACCUCCCGUGUAGCUGGGAUGACAGGGGAUCAAGUAUUUGCUGGGCUAGAAGAGCAAGCCCGCCAGGCGAUGAUGAAAACUGAUUUUCCUGGAGACCUUGGCAGUCAGCGACAAGCUAUCCAACAACUAAGAGAUCAGGACUCCAGUAGCAGUGACAGUGAGGGUGAUGAAGAGGAAACCACACAAGAUGAAGACUCUUCCCACACAUCAGAGGAAGAUGGUGGGGUGAUCAAAGUGGAAAAAGACUUAGAAAAUGCAGAACAGCCUGGUGGUGGUGGGAAUGAAGUAGUAGAGCAUGAGAUCACAGAGAGCUUAAGUUCUGACCCAUUGCUUGAACUCUGCCAGUGUCCACUCUGCCAGCUAGACUGUGGGAGUCGGGAGCAACUGAUCGCUCACGUGUACCAGCACACUGCAGCAGUGGUGAGCGCCAAGAGCUACAUGUGUCCUGUCUGUGGACGGGCCCUCAGCUCCCCAGGGUCACUGGGCCGCCACCUCCUAAUCCACUCAGAGGACCAACGAUCUAAUUGUGCAGUGUGUGGAGCCCGUUUCACCAGCCAUGCCACUUUCAACAGUGAGAAACUUCCUGAAGUACUUAAUAUGGAAUCCCUACCCCCAGUCCACAGCGAGGGUCCCUCCAGUGCUGAGGGGAAGGACAUUGCCUUUAGCCCUGCAGUGUACCCUGCUGGAAUUCUGCUUGUGUGCAACAACUGUGCUGCCUACCGUAAGCUACUGGAAGCCCAGACCCCUAGUGUACGCAAGUGGGCCCUACGUCGACAGAAUGAGCCUUUGGAGGUGCGGCUGCAGCGGCUAGAACGAGAGCGCACAGCCAAGAAGAGUCGGCGCGACAAUGAAACCCCUGAAGAGCGAGAGGUGAGGCGCAUGAGGGACCGUGAAGCCAAGCGCCUUCAGCGAAUGCAGGAGACAGAUGAGCAGCGGGCUCGCCGGCUGCAACGAGAUCGGGAAGCCAUGAGGCUGAAGAGGGCCAAUGAAACCCCAGAGAAGCGGCAGGCCCGGCUCAUUCGAGAGCGAGAGGCCAAGCGGCUCAAAAGGAGGCUGGAAAAAAUGGACAUGAUGUUGAGAGCUCAGUUUGGCCAGGACCCUUCAGCCAUGGCAGCCUUAGCUGCUGAAAUGAACUUCUUCCAGCUACCUGUGAAUGGGGUAGAAUUGGACAGCCAGAUUCUGGGCAAGAUGGCCUUUGAAGAGCAGAACAGCAGCUCUCUCCACUAGACCACACCCUCCUGCCUGCCCUCCCAUCCACCCAAGCCCACAGGGAUUGGUCCUGCAUCCACCCAUGAGGCCAUCCUUGCUGCCAGAGGCAGGCCUGGGUUGGCUGCAGGUAGACUUGUACCCCUUGCAUGUGGGAGCAAGAUGAUGGGGCCAGGAGGAACCCAGCUCAAGGCAGCUCUGGACAAGGGAGCAGGCACUCCAGAGAACUAGACUCCCAGCCAACUGGAGCAGGCCAGGUUGUGGGACUGUAAGGCCCCAGCACAGCCUGUGAAGUUGUGGGGGCAAAUAAAUUAAGUUCAUCUUUACUUGC